AUGGAGGACCCCAAGCCAUCCUCCGAGGGUGACCACCCCUCCUCCACGACACCGCUCGGCCCCCCGGUGGCCGCCUCCACGCUCGUCGAGACCAGCCCGCAUGCGGAUACGAGCCGUGCGAUAAUCAAUACUACCCUUCCUCCCUCGGCGACCGCCAAUGCUACUCCGCGCCUCUUGAACGCGGAACGGCCGCCGCUCAGCGCAGGUGACGCAUCGUCUUCUGCGCUGCCUGUCUACCCAUCCCGUCCGCACAUUCGCACCCCCUCCGCCGCCGGUCUCUCCCUCCAGACCGAUCUGCCCCCGCCAAUGACGGCCGCCGCUCACACCUCGCCGAAUCAUCCAACCAUCGUGGAGGGCGGCGCAGGAGAGUCGCUGCGGCAGUCGGCCACCGCGCCCAUCGCAAUACAGGAAGGCUACCUGCGGAGCACGCUGUCUGCGGCGAGCAUGACCGGGUCGUUGUCGCCCGGUUCUGCGCUCUCCUCACCUGCACUGAACGCCCUCGCCGACCUUACACCUUUGCCAUCUCCACUGGUGAUGAGCGAUUCGCCUGGGCCAUGGGCAAGGGCUGGCAUGUCGGUACGCCCUCGCUCGCGGGGUGCGUCCGGUUCGUCAAAAGAUGACUCCUUCGCCAUGCUCAGCAAAGGAACGCUAUCUCCAACGCCCUCGCAGAAAAAGAAAGGAUACCAGCGGUUGAAGACUGCUGCAGUCCAAGCUGCAGAUGCCAGCAUGCAGACGCAGCACAAGAACGAGGCCGCUCGUGAGAGGAACAGGAGCGUCAGCGAGUUCGCGCCGGACCAGUUGCACAACAUCCGGGCACGCCAUGUUACCAUCUCUAACGUGGCUCCCGAAAAGAUGCAGACGGGUCCAGGCCCGGAGCAUCAUCUCCACCGUGAGGAGUACCUUGCAGCGCAGCGAGGAUUAAUUCCCGCUACGCUUCCGGCCGGGCUCCCUACGCCGCCGGCCAGCAAUCGAAGUGUGACAGAAAGUGAGGAAGAGGAAAUCCCAGAAGAGGGCAAGAUCCAAUAUAUCACGGUGAGGCACGGAGCACAGAGGACUAAGAAGCUUUGGCGCCCCGUCCGACAGCUUGGCCAGGGCACUUUCAGCAAAGUCUAUCUAGCCACAAGCGAGAAGGUUGCACCUAAAGACCCACUCAAUGAGGCCACCCUUGACCCGCGCAAGCUUGUUGCCAUCAAGGUCGUCGAGCACGGUCCGGCCGGUGGCGCCGACGAAGAACGCGUAGAGCUAAGCCUCAAACGGGAGGUUGAAAUGCUUCGAUCCGUCUCACAUCCGUCCCUCGUACAUCUCAGAGAGUUCGACCACGAUGAAGCACAGGCUCUGCUGGUCUUGACCUAUUGCCCCGGCGGUGACUUGUUUGACGUAGCCAGUGCGCACCGCGAUCUCCUUGGAGUAGACCUCGUCCAACGCAUAUUCGCCGAAUUGCUCAUUGUGCAUCGCGACAUCAAACUAGAAAACGUCCUCCUUAAUGUCCCGGUCUCUACAGUGCCGCUGCUUAAGAGCCCACGAAGCCAUCCUUAUCCCAUAGCGACACUUACAGAUCUUGGCCUCUCUCGCCGUAUCCCUGCUCCGCCCGAGUCUCCUCUCCUUACUACUCGCUGUGGAAGUGAAGACUAUGCCGCCCCCGAGAUUCUUCUUGGUCAGCCGUAUGAUGGCCGUUCUACUGACGCAUGGGCGCUCGGAGUCCUGCUUUAUGCUCUAAUGGAAGGCCGCUUACCCUUUGACCCGCCGCCAGGCAAAGUUGGAUCCCGUAGCAGAGCCGCCCACCGGAUUGCCAGAUGCGACUGGGUGUGGGUCAGCUUCGGUGAUAACGAUGGCGACUGGGAUGUCGAGAAAGGCAAAGAAUGGGCAGGCGCGCGAGAGUGUGUCGAAGGCUUGUUGAAGAAGGUUUCGAGAGGUCGCAAGAGCCUCGAGGACAUUGAGAGGAUGGAGUGGGUGCAGCAGGGCAUCCAAGUUGAGGGUGGGAUUAGAAGGAGGAUUGAAGAUGAGGACAUGGAAGAGCAUGUCCCCGAGAUUACCGUGAGGUAG